GUCUGCCCAGCCGUCCACAGCCUGUAACCCGCGGAUUUACAAUCAACAACUGACGCAUAUUUCUGCCUGGGGACACAGUUCUCUCCCUUCGGUAUAUUUUCUAAAUAUGAGGUGGUUUGUGUCUCCAAACAUGGUGUAACUGAAAUCUCUGAUCCGUGAAGCAGCAGCAUCCCGCUCGCACUGAGCCAGGAUGUCCAGUAGCUCGGGCUACCCCCCCAGCCAGGGGAACUUCAGCAGCGAGCAGAGCCGAUACCCACCGCAUUCUGUCCAGUACACCUUCAGCGGCUCGCGCCACCAACAGGAUUUCACCGUCCCAGACUAUCGGACUCACAUGCAGGAUCCACAGGGUCGGAGAAGACCAUCUUUACUGUCUGAAUUCCACCCUGGGACUGAAAGGCCUCCAGAGAGACGCCAUGGUUACGAACAGCAGUUUCACUCCGUCACAGCCCAGCCCGAACAUGAAAUCUUGGAUUCUAAACGGCCUCGCAUGGAGACCGUUUCUGAGUCCCACAUCUCCCGCACCCCUCCCUCUGCUGGGGGUAUGGUCCUGCCGAUGGCCCACUCAGUACAGGACAGCCUCAGAGCCACUGUAGAGGUCAAAAAGGAGUCUCAGUUCACAGUCAAAGUGGAGUCCGCAUCCUCAGGAGGACAUACACUACACAUGGGGGAAGAGCAGGACAAUUCGCCUUCCAAACUAUCCAAGGAGGAGCUGAUCCAGAGUAUGGACCGCGUGGACCGAGAGAUUGCCAAAGUCGAGCAGCAGAUUUUCAAGCUGAAGAAAAAGCAGCAACAACUAGAAGAGGAAGCAGCAAAGCCAAUGGAGCCAGAAAAGCCAGUGACCCCUCCCCCGGUGGAGCACAAGCACCGCAGCAUAGUCCAGAUCAUCUACGAUGAGAACAGGAAAAAAGCUGAAGAGGCCCAUAAAGUACUUGAAGGUCUUGGCCCUAAGGUUGAGCUGCCCCUGUACAAUCAGCCGUCAGACACAAAGGUGUACCAUGACAACAUCAAAACCAACCAAGUCAUGAGGAAGAAGCUGAUUUUGUUUUUUAAGAGGAGGAACCACGCUCGUAAACAAAGGGAACAGAAUAUCUGCCAGCGCUACGACCAGCUGAUGGAAGCUUGGGAGAAGAAGGUGGAGCGAAUGGAGAACAACCCCAGGCGCAAAGCCAAGGACAGCAGAACACGGGAAUAUUACGAAAGACAAUUUCCUGAGAUCCGCAAGCAGAGAGAGCAGCAGGAGCGCUUCCAGAGGGUCGGACAAAGAGGAACUGGCCUUUCUGCAACAAUAGCAAGAAGCGAGCAUGAGAUUUCAGAAAUCAUAGACGGCCUUUCUGAGCAGGAGAACAACGAGAAGCAGAUGAGACAGCUGUCAGUCAUCCCUCCCAUGAUGUACGACUCCGAGCAGAGGCGGGUGAAGUUCAUCAACAUGAACGGCCUGAUGGACGACCCGAUGAAGGUGUACAAAGCCCGGCAGUUCAUGAAUGUGUGGACCGAACACGAAAAGGAGAUCUUUAAAGAGAAGUUUGUCCAACACCCCAAGAACUUUUGCCUGAUUGCCUCCUACUUGGAGAGAAAGUGUGUUGCUGACUGUGUCCUGUACUACUACUUGACCAAGAAGAACCACAACUACAAGACGCUCGUGAGGCGGAACUACGGGAGACGGAGAGGAAGGAACCAGCAAAUAACACGUCCCUCACAAGAAGACAAGUCAGACGACAAAAACGAAGAGGACAAAUCCGAAAAGUCUGAGAAAAAAGAGGACGAGGAAAAGAAGGACGAGGAAGAGAAAGAUGAAAAGGAGGAUUCUAGGGACAUUGGCAAGGACAAAGACAAGUGUGACGGUGGGGAGGACGAGGACGGAAAGGAGCAAAACACGCCGCGUGGCAGGAAGACUGCCAACAGCCAGGGCCGCCGUAAGGGAAGGAUCACCACACGCUCCAUGGCCAAUGAGGCUGCGUCUGUGGCGGCUGAGGAAGCACCUCCCCAUGCCCCUGAGCCUGCUUUGCCAGAUCCUCCGCAGCUCCCUAAAGCCGAUCCCGCGCAGAAGUCCAUGAAGGAGCCUGCAAAACCCCAGACUCCAGUAGCUUCCAUGGAUGCUAAUAAAGCUGGUGUUGGGGAAACCGGAGAAACUUCUCGCUGGACCGAGGAGGAGAUGGAGGUCGCCAAAAAAGGGCUUGUCGAGCACGGGCGCAACUGGACGGCCAUCGCCAAAAUGGUGGGCACCAAAAGCGAGGCGCAGUGCAAGAACUUCUAUUUCAAUUACAAGAGACGCCACAACCUGGACAACCUGCUCCAGCAGCAUAAGCAGGACUCACGGCGGGCUCGUGCUGAUAGGUCUCAAGGUGAAGGUCUAGCCACAGCAUCACCUGAUGACGACGACGACGACGACAACGCAGAUGACAGUGAAGGUGGUGACAAUAGCUCUGACACAGAGAGUGCCCCCUCCCCCUCUCAGGCUGACUCCUCAAAGUCCUGCGACUCCAAGAGGGCAGACAGCGCCGCAGGAGACGCUCACUUCUCAGACCAGGACAAAGGUCAGGCCAGCAACGGAAAAGCCCUGGAGCCCUCCUAUGAACCACUCUGCGUCAAGCAAGAGAAAAGUCCCGAGAGUGAGACUGGAUCUCAGGAAGAAAGGGCCAGGAUGUCCUACAUGGGCUCGCUGCAUCCCAAAACUGAACCUCAGGAUGUGGACAUGAACACCGGAGAGGUUCAGGUCAAGAUGGAGCCCGAGAUCAAGGAGAAAGGAGAAAAGGGAGAUCAUGGCGAGAGGCACAGGGAGCUCCACUCAGAUAAUGACUCCAGCGCCACCUGCAGUGCUGACGAGGAUGUGGAAGCAGAGCCUGAAAGACAGAGAAUAUUCUCCAUGGAUAAGCCUUCACUGCUGAAUCCUCCAGGCACGGUAUUGGUGUCCUCACCCAAGCAAGUCCAACUCAACAUCCAGCAGCUGCAGAAUCGGGCAGCUGCCAUCCCACCCAUGGUGCCUGGUCCUUAUGGCCCUGGUGGUGUGCCUAUCAGCGGCUUCGCCAUGUUGCAGCACCAAAUCAAAGCGGUGCACGAGUCGGCGCAUCAAGAGGAGAAGCAGAGGCAGGAUCAGGGAGACCUGGAGCGCAGACCCCCUUUCAACACCUGCAGCCCAACCAUACUAGACAGAGAUGGUAAGCCCUUACCCUACAUGCCUUAUGACAUGAUGUUGGCUCUGGACCAGGAGACCCUCUCUGGUCGGCCAGGCUCUCCCUACAGACUCUCCCCCAGGGAUCUGAGCAAGGCCUUACCCCUGUCUGACCCCAACGGCCCCAAUGCAUCCCGCUACAGUGUGCCGCCAGUCCUCCACCCUUCCCCCAAUCAGCUGGUCCAGAGUAUGCCAGAUGGAGUCCGCGUGACUUUCAGCAGACCCAGUCGACCUCCCAACAUUCCCUCUCCUCCUCCACUCAUUCCAACCACCAAGCCCACAGACAAGCCCUCCUUCAUUCAAGGAGGCUCCAUCUCCCAGAUAAGUGAUCCAAAGAGUUGUAGCAACGUGAUAGUGUGGAGUGGUGCAACCCAGAUUUCAACAGCCAUCCGUCAUAGAAACAUUGAAUGGGUUGACUCAGUUGGCUUGAUUACUACUUCCAAGGGAACUCCUGGCACAUACCUGCCGUCCCACGCUGUCUACGGGCCAGAUGGGACUAAGAGCACCCCAGGCUCCAUCUCUCUGGGUCUCCCACGGCAACAGGAUCCCAACAAGCCUGGAGCUGCAGUUCCAUCCAUACAGGACGGCAGAGGCAACCCAGGGAAGGUGGGCGAGGGUCUGGCUUUCAGAGGAUCAAUCACUCAGGGCACACCGGCCCUGCCCCAGUCUAGCAUUGCUGCUGAUCUCCUGAAGGGCACAAUCACCAAGCUGGCCACAGAGGACUUGAACAGCCCAGACAAGGCCAGAGGAGAACAGAUGGCUAAAGGUCAUGUUAUCUACGAAGGCAAGCGUGGACACAUCGUCUCCUAUGAAGCUAUCAAGAACCCCAGGGAAAACACACGCAGCCCCAGAACUGGUCAUGAGCUGAAACGCACUUACGACAUGAUGGAGGGACCUAUGGGCAGGGGACACCCAGGGAGGGAAGGAGCUCCAUUUGAGGGGCUGAUUAGCAGAGCCUUGCCCAGAGAAGGACUCCAUGGAGAUUCUAAGGAAAGGCCAUUGAUGUCUGGAUCCAUCAUGCAAGGAACACCUAGAACCGCUGCAGAGAACUAUGAAGAGGCCAUGAAAUACGGAAAACAGAUAAAGCGAGAGAGCCCACCGAUCCGCUCCUUUGACGGGGGUAUUGGCAAGGGAAAGCCUUAUGAGGGAAUCAAUACGAUCAAAGAGAUGGGACGCUCCAUUCAUGAAAUACCCCGACAAGACCAGUCUGGACAGGACAUGUGCAAGACCCCUGACCUUUCAGACAGGAGGGUGAUGGAGGGCUCCAUGUCUCAGAUUCACCCUAUGAACCAGUCGACCAUCAAGCACAAUGUCAAGUCCCUGAUCACCAGUCCUAAUAAGAUUCCCCACAGCAUACCCCAGCUCGAGGCCAUGGAACGAGCCAAAUACGAGGAGAGCAAGGCGGUGCGCCACACGUCCGUGGUCAACUCCACCACCUCCGUCCUGCGCUCCACACACCAGGAGGCCAACAAAUCCCUUAGCCCGGGCAUGUAUGAUGACGCCAAUGCCCGCAGGACCCCUGUUAACUAUAGCACUAAUCCUGUGUCCAGAGGAUCACCCAUGCUGGGACGUGGUCAGGAAGGUGGUAUGAGCUCAAAAUCUGCGGCGCAUGAAAGGAAGAGUGCCAUGACACCAACACAGAGGGACAACGUCCCAGCCAAGUCCCCAGUGUCUGGAGGUGACCCCGUCGCCUCUCACAGCCCCUUCGACCCCCACCACCGGCCUGUCGUUCCCGGGGAAGUGUACCGAGCCCACCUGCCUCCACAUUUGGACCCCACCUUGGCCUUCCACAGAGUGCUAGAUCCUGCGUUCAUGUUCCCCAGGCAGCCGUCCCCAACUGGCUACCACAACACAUACCAGCUGUACACCAUGGAAAACACACGGCAGACCAUCCUCAACGAUUAUAUCACUUCCCAGCAAAUGCAAGUCAUCCCGAGGCCUGACAUGGCCCGAGGCAUGUCACCACGGGAACAGCCCGUCGCCAUCCCUUACGCAGCAGGAGCUCGAGGGAUAAUUGAUCUAGCCCAGAUGCCUCCAACUAUCCUGUUGCCUCACCCUGGGGGAACAGGUACUCCCACUUUGGAACGCAUCGCCUACCUCCCUGGAGCUCAGAACCCUUUCCCUCCUAGGGCUUUCAACCCAACCUCCAUAUCGCCAGGUCACCAAGCCCACCUCGCCGCUGCCGCCGCCGCCAGUGCAGAAAGGGAGCGAGAGAGGGAGCAGCACCGGGAGCAGCAGGAGAAGGAGAGAGAGAAGGAAAGGGAGCAGCACCGGGAGAGGGAACGAGAGCGGGAGCGGGAAAUUCGGGAACGAGAGCGGGACCGGGAGCGAAGCAACGAAUACAUGCGCAGCGCAGGUGGACAAGAGCAGCCAGGCCGACCAGGGAGUCGAAGUUAUCUGCACUCGCCUUCUCCUUCAAUGAGGACACAGGAUGUAGUGGUUCAGCAGCGGCCGAGCAUCUUCCAGGGCAAGAGUGUCAUCACCUCUCUAAUGCCUCAUUCAGCAGCAGUGACAGCAGCUGCUCAGAGCAGCUCUCGUUACAGCACCGCAGCUGACGCCCUGGCUGCUCUGGUGGAUGCUGCGGCCUCCGCCCCGCAGAUGGACGUGGCCAAGGUGAAGGAGAACAAACACGAACGGGAUGAUGACAUGUCCUCGUCAUCAGCAGCUCGACGAGCAACCACCCUGUCUGAACAACAGCAGCAGCAGGAGGCGGAAAGGCGACCCUUGCAGUCACCAUAUGGUGUUAUGUCUCUGCCAGGAGGCAAGCCCCAUCCUGUUUACUCCGAGGGCCCUGGUGUCGGGGUGAAGGAUAAAGGACCUCAAACGUCAAAGUCCCGCAUUGAAGAGGAGCUCCGGACCCGUGGAAAGACGACUAUUACGGCCGCUAACUUCAUUGACGUCAUCAUCACCCGGCAGAUAGCUUCAGACAAAGACUCGAGAGAGCGAGGAUCUCAGAGCUCUGACUCGUCCAGCAGCUUGUCAUCCAGUCGCUACGACAACCCUGCUGGAGCAGCCAUUGAGGUGAUUAGUCCUGCUAGUUCUCCAGUCCAGUCCCAACAGGACAAGCCAGACGACGGGCAACAGCAGGCACCAGCUGGCAUGCGGGCCUAUGACAUGAGUCGUUACCGGCCAUCAGCAGAGCCGCCGCAGCCCAGUUCCCAGCAGCCCCUCUCAUCCCAGGCUGAUAGCUACUCCCAGGUCCCCAAGACUCACCGGGUCAUGACUUUGGCAGAUCACAUUUCGCAUAUCAUAACCCAGGACUUCGCCCGGAAUCAGGACCCUCCCCCGUCCUCCUCAGCUUCUGCCCCAUUCCAGAGCGGGGUACCAAAUGUGUCCUCCUCAGGUCGAGCCAAGGUGCCCAGCCGCUACAGUCCUGAGAAUCAGGUCCAGGCCCCACACCACCAGAGACCCUCAAGCAGAGUUUCCCCAGAGAAUGCCCCUGACAAGCCUAGAGCCAGGCCUGGUAAGUCUCCUGAGCGUGGCGGCAGGCCGAUGGAGAACUAUGAACCUAUCUCUCCACCACAGAGCUACCAAGGCAUGGACAAACAGGACACUGGUGCGCCUCCACCCCAGAGGCGGGAGGCAGAGAACUCUGAGAUCAGGAAUGACUCACGGUCCCCGGGUAGUGUCGGCUAUCUGCCGUCCUUCUUUACCAAGCUGGAGAGCACCUCACCAAUGGUGAAAUCCAAAAAACAGGAGAUCUUUCGUAAGUUGAACUCCAACUCUGGUGCCGGUGAUUCUGAUGUUGGAAACGCACAACCAGGCACUGAGAUUUUCAAUUUGCCUGCUGUUACCAGCUCCAGCAGUAUCAACCCCAGGAAUCACUCCUUCAGUGACCCAGCCAGUAACCUGGGCCUGGAGGACAUCAUCCGCAAGGCCUUGAUGGGCAACUUGGAGGAGAGACCGGAGGAGCACCAGGGAGGAGGCAUCAACAACACACCCAGUACAGGCAGUGACGCACGUCAGGAGGCCAACCCAUCGCCCAGUAUGGCGAAGCAGAAGCAGAGCAAAGCCAACAGCCGGAAAUCGAAGUCACCUAACCUGGGUCAGGCCUACGCUGGAGGGGAGCGUCCAUCUUCGGUGUCCUCCGUCCACUCUGAGGGAGAUUAUCACAGACAAGCCCAAGCCCAGCCUCAGUGGAGCUGGGACGACCGACCCUCAUCCACAGGAUCCAUGCAGUUCCCUUACAACCCACUGACGAUGCGCAUACUGAGCAGCACGCCACCCACCUCCAUGGCUUCCCCCUCCAUACAGAGCCAGCAGCAACAGCAGCAGCAGCAGCAGCAGCAGCAGCAGCAGCAGCAGCAGCAGCAGCCUCUAGCUGGAGCACCGGUGGCCCAGCAGCGAGUGUGGCAGUCUCUGCUGUCAGAACAAUACGAGACCCUGUCUGAUAGCGACGACUGAGCCCUGCCCGCUACAGCCUCCCCCCCCCCUCCCCAGUAACUAGAAGAGAAGAAGAGAGGCCUGCUCUGAGGCUCGUCUGUUCACCCCCCUCUCCCAGUACUAACUUGCUCAUCGGCGAGUGUGAGAAGUAGAUGGGGUGGUGUCAUUUUUAUUUUUGGUGCUAUGGCGCCCCCUGGCUGUUAGAUGAGAGUAUAGCAGCAGCCCGUGACAGGCAGGGCUCUCCAGAACAAGACUCGCUUUUGAUCCGGAAGCACUCACCCAGCCUGUCGGGGAAAUAAAGAAUACUCAACCGAGUGGAUGACACGAGCUACAGCAAAUAUGAAGAACUUGAUAUGUAAAAAGAAACAACAUAAGAGACUAUUUCUUGAAUUUUUGUUUUGAUUUCUGUAAAGAUAUACCUUGUCUUUAAGAAAAUCAUUGUAUGUAAAUAGAGUAACCUUUUGCAGUGUUUUUCUUAACUUGAUUAUUUCUUAUUUUAAUGUCGCUUUUAAAUUGAUCCACUUUAAACGGGAAGAGAAGGUGUGUAAUCUUUAAUAUCACAGUUGCCCUCUCCCAGUCCACCCCCCCACACCCCACACGUGACUUGACACCCACUCUUAAGAUUUUUACCAUAGCGGCCGCUAAGACAGACAUAGACCUGUGGUUUGUUGUUUGAGCACAGAGAUUGUGCCACCCUGCGCGCCAUCCACCAAGCACCACCAGAGCCUGAACAUCGUGGACAAAAAAAAAAAAAAACAGACUUAACAUUUUGAACAGCAUCACAUACUUGAUUCCUCUCUUCACUCACAGUGGAGACGAUGCAUGUAUUCUAACUAUCAGAUGGUAGAGGUAACCUCUCACCCCGUUCUAGAGUAAUGUCUUCAAAGCAAGUUGAGAACACUGGUGUCAUAGCAGAAAGGUGAAAAGUCUGAUAUAAGCUUAAUUGUGCCGGAAAAGAUAUCCUUAUGACUACUCCUGGACCCCGUCUGAAUAAUGAAAGUGAGCCAAUGUUUUUUUGUUUAUUGUUUUUUUUCUUUCUUUCUUUUUUUUUUGUUUUGGUUUUUUUCGGUAGAGCUGACCAUGGUGUGUCACAUGUAGCUGUCUCUCUCUGCAGUUUCCAACCUGUCCAGAAUGAUCUGCUCUGCAAUGUUGUCAUGGUUUAAAAAAAAAAAAAAAGUACCACAGGAACUUUCUUUCUUUUCUUUUUUUUUGACGGUUUUGCCAUGCCUUGUGACUUGAGAAAGAAGGCAGCUUUAACUAAUUUUCUCAGAGAUAUACGUUGGUGUUUGAUGUUUGUAUUUGUUCCUGUAGUCCCUCUUUUUUUUUCUUUUUUUUUUGAUACUGUCCUGACAAAAAUCUGAACUCUGUAAAGUGUCUUUCUAUUACACAAAAAGGCAAAACUAACCAAACAUAAAGAAUGGUCUGCACCAUUGUUGCACUUUUUUUUGCUUUGUAGCUUUUGACAACAAAAAGCAUACCUACCUGCUGUGUAACUUAUUCAGCCUCCAGCACAGGAGUUAUUCAAUAAUGUGCUUUAACUUUUUUUCCCCCACCACUCACAGAAAUCUGGAUGUUUUGACUUCCUGUCUUUUCUUGUAGCUGGUACAUGAUUUUUGUAGUGUGACACUUGCAUUACAGUUACAAUUCUAAGUGUAUGGUACAGUUAAAUGUUUAGGAGUUUGCUAUCAUGGUGAUUCAAAACCGUGACCACUUAAUCUCUGCUUUCAUCGUGUCAAUCAACAGGCGUAAAGCUUUGGAUGAGUUAUUCUAGGUCAACAUCAUAAAUGGCAGUAACGUUCCUUUGCGAGUCUUUUUUUAGAUGUGGAAAAAAAACAUUUUUAGGUUUUUUCAGCUUUCACUUUGUUCAAUUAACAAAACUUGAUAUUUCCUGUUUUAUUUCCUUUCAUUUUAAUUUUGAAUCAUUUGUCAUAGCACAUGUUCAGAUUUUUAUUUUUCUGUCAUUUUCAACAUCUUUGUUCUUCAUCCUGUUUUUAGAUGGGAUGUUAUGUGUUUACAAAGGCAAUGACAAAAAAAAAAAAAAAGUUUACAGACUUGAAUCUUAAAGAAAUCCGACAUGAAGCCGAAAAAGAAUUGGAGCAUCUUUUCAGCUCUCUAUCAAACACACAGUGGUGACUUUUUUUGUCUUUUUUUGAAAUUGAGACUUGAAAACCCGUGUAUCCUAUGAUGUUGAAAUGCAAUGUUUGUAUCGCACAAAUGUCUCUUAGUAGGCUAUUACAAGAGUUCAGACCAAUCAAAUAAAGUGGAUCAGUUCUCCACCACUGAUAAAUGUGUAA